AUGGGUUAUGCGCAUCACUUUACAUCAAUUUCAAUACUGGUUUUUAUAGCACCUCUUCGCCAGAUGUCAUCUGGGAGCGUUCCUGGCUCUUCUGGAGAGAACAUGAUUUACUAUCUCCUUGCUGGCGUUGCUGCUUUUGGUGGUUUAUUUUAUGCCUACAGAGUAGUCAGUUCAUCCCGCAGCAAGUAUAUUGAACAUAUGAAUAUUCUUCAUGAGAGAGCUGAGGGGAGGAAAAACAAACCUUGGCCAAGCAAGGGUGAUGAAGAAGAGAUGGCUGAAGUCACUGAAGCAGAGACGGCCACGGAAGAGGCUGAUGCAGUCGCUGCUGCUGGACCUGCAGCACAGGAUGAGAGUGUUGGGGUAUCCCCAGAGACUGCAGGGGAGAAUGACUUGCCAGCUCCAGAGGCAUCCCCUGCUGUGGAGGAAGCACAGCAGGAAGCUGCUGCUAAUUUGGAAGUUGCUGCUAAUUCAGAAGCUGCUGCAGUGCAAGAAACUGUGAGUGAAGUCUUGGAUGUUGCAGAUCCUUCUGCCCAUGAGGAAAACUUAGACAGUGUCAAGGAAGGAGUAGCCUCAGCAGCUCAAGAGAUUUCUGACGCACCCUCGAGGAGCCAGGACAUUGAUGCAGAGGAGUCGGGGCAGACUUCAGAAGUUUCUGUGGAGGAGAAGACACCUGAAGAAGCUGCUAAGGAACCCUGAAGUAAGGAGCACCUUUGAAAAGUUUAAUGGAAAUAUUUGUGGCAAUCAACCAGCUGAUUCCUGUGUGAAACCUCAUACUCUUCCUUGGAGACAUAAAAGGAAUUUGUCAUAACCACACACUGUUCAUUAGGACCAGUAUUUCAUUGCUGCAACAGACAACCUAAUACGAUUUAAAUUGGUUAGAGAGACGCUUCUGUGAUUAACAUCUCUGCUUUAGAAAGUAGCAUCCAGUAAUAACUGUCAAAGCACCACCCAGCAUGUAAUAAAUGCACGUGCUAAGAGGAGCAGUAGGCUUAACUGAAACCAUGUCAGGUGAGCUCGUUCCAGGUCUUUGUUGUCUUGUUAUGUACAACGAUUUCUUACUUUUGGUCCAAACUGUGGUGCAUAAUUAUACCAUUGUAGCAUUCCAUGCUAAAAUGUAAGUAAAAGGUUUUAACUAAGUUAAAAUGUUAUUAAAAUUACCCGUUAGAAUUUUUU